GACGAGUGUUGCGUGUCAAUCCUCCACUCGCAACGCUUCCAAUUCCCCUUCCAAUCACCAUCCUCAUCAGUGCCAAUCACAGCAUCCAAUUCCAUGGAAGAUGCUAAAGAACAAGAAUAAGAAAUUAAGAACCACAUGACAUACUCACUUGUCAUCAACCACCGACAACCCAAUUCACAUGGCUAUUCACUGUUGGUCAUCCACAUCGGAAGCAGAAACCAAAUCUCUCACAUGGCAUUGUUCCCUGGUCCAGCAACACCCACCAUGAAUCCAUGGUUAAUAGCCCGUACAAGAAUCUGCUCUUCCAACCCAUUUUCCUUAUCUUCAACAUUUCACUUCAGUCCCCUUUUGUUGAUUUGGGUCUUUUCUCAUGGAUACAAGUAGAGAAACCGAAUCGUCUGCCUCGCCCGAGUCGACUGGGCCGUCUUCGUUUCCAGACAAGGUGUUGAAGCUAGUGCUUCCUCUGAUCGAAACCCACAAAGACCGUAACUCUGUCUCUCUGGUUUGCAAGGACUGCUACAAUUCCGAGCGCUUGUCGCGUUCCCGUCUGUUUAUCGGCAACUGUUACUCAGUCUCCCCUGAAAUUGUUGUCAGGAGGUUCCCCAAUAUCCGAAGUGUGACUCUAAAGGGGAAGCCUCGAUUCUCCGACUUCAAUCUGGUGCCGGAAGGUUGGGGCGCCGAUGUCCACGCUUGGCUUGUCAUGUUUGCUUCCAAGUACCCGUUUCUUGAGGAGCUCAGGCUGAAGAGAAUGGUUAUCAGUGAUGAGAGUCUGGAGUUUUUGGCUUUCAACUUUCCUGAUUUUAAGAAGCUCUCACUCUCAAGCUGUGAUGGGUUCAGCACUGACGGGCUUGCAGCCAUUGCCACAGAUUGCAAGAAUUUGAUUGAGCUCGACAUACAGGAGAACAUUAUUGAUGACAGAAGUGGAGAUUGGUUGAGCUGCUUUCCUGAAAACUUAACAUCAUUGGAAGUCCUGAACUUUGCUAAUCUGAAUAGGGAAGUUGAUUUUGAUGCACUCCAGAGACUUGUUGGUCGGUGCAAAUCAUUGAAGGUUUUGAAGGUUAAUGGAAGUAUUUCAUUGGAACAAUUAGAAGAGCUGCUAGUUUGUGCUCCCCAAUUGACGGAGCUUGGCACUGGUUCAUUCUCACAAGAGAUAACAGUCCAGUACACUGAUAUUGAAACAGCAUUUGGCAAUUGUGAAAAUCUGCAUAGCCUCUCUGGUUUAUGGGAAGCAACUGCACUGAAUCUCCCAGUUAUGUUCCCUGCCUGUGCAAAUUUGACUUUCCUAAAUUUGAGCUAUGCAGCUUUACAAGGUGGUGACAUUGCUGAGCUUCUUGCUCAGUGUCCACAUCUUCGGCGUCUUUGGGUUCUGGACACAGUAGAAGAUGAAGGGCUAGAGGCUGUUGGCUCCAGCUGUCCUUUGCUCGAGGAACUCCGUGUUUUUCCUGCAGAUCCAUUUGAUGAUAAAGCUAUCCAUGGGGUGACUGAAGCAGGGUUUAUAGCUGUGUCUUAUGGCUGCCCAAGACUUCACUAUGUCCUCUACUUUUGCCGACAGAUGACUAAUGCUGCCGUUGCAACAGUCGUGAAGAAUUGCCCUGAUUUCACCCACUUCCGUCUCUGCAUAAUUGCUCCAGGCCAGCCAGAUUACAUAACAAAUGAACCUAUGGAUGAGGCUUUUGGUGCGGUAGUGAAGACUUGUCCAAAGCUACGGAGGCUUUCAGUUUCAGGUCUCUUAACUGACUUGGCAUUUGAAUACAUUGGGAAGUAUGCGAAAAACCUGGAAAUCCUUUCAGUGGCUUUUGCUGGCAGCAGUGAUUGGGGCAUGCAGUGUGUCCUGGGAGGAUGUCCAAAGUUGAGGAAACUUGAGAUUAGGGACUGUCCUUUUGGGGAUGCCGCACUUCUCUCUGGUGUGGAGAUGUAUGAAUCUAUGAGGUCCUUAUGGAUGUCUUCCUGCAAUGUGACAAUGGAUGGCUGUAGGAAAUUGGCAAGGGAGAUGCCAAGGCUUAAUGUGGAGGUAAUCAAGGAGGAUGAGAGGGAUGAAGGUCUAGCUGAUAAAGUUUAUAUUUAUCGAUCUGUUGCAGGUCCAAGAAGGGAUGCUCCUCCUUUUGUUCUCACCCUCUAAAGUUUAUAAAAUGUUUGGCAUGGCAGCUGAUAAAUAUCGAACGACAGAAAUUCAGAAAUUGUUGAUUGAAAAUAACAGACUAAGGAACGACAAAGCUUUAGUGUCUUUAACUACUGUUGAUUUAAUGCUUAUUCAGUUAUGGUCUCCAAGGAUGGAAUGAACUGUUCAUCUGAGUUCAGCAUUUUGAAGUGCUUGAUUUUAAGAUUAAUGCAGAAGUUGAUGAAGCAGCCAUGGCAGGGGGCAGAGACAAACCAAAAUAGGUACCUAUGAGCCUUGCCAUUCUGAUGACAUUGCCUUUGAAAAUCACAUAUCCAGAGGCAGAACGUACCACCAAAGCAUGAGGAAUGGAGCACAUCUGUGUGGUAUUAAGAAAACAAUUCUACGAGCAUUUUCACUUUUUCAGAAUUCUCUCAUUCAAUUCCAUCCUUUGUUUCUCUCUUUAUCCUAACUUACGUACGUACUUGUGUUGUUACAGUACAUGUACUUGUACUUGUCACACUGAAGAUACAUGUCCAUGUGCUUUUCACGUUUUGACAUUUGAAUAAAAAUGACUCGUUAGCCUAUAAUUUUGAUUA